CACUAGUACAGUCAUCUUGCCUCAAGUUGGAGUAGACUAGAGUCACAUUUGCGGGACAGGUGUACACUAGAUAUUUCAUCAUGGCUUGUGGUGGUUUUGUUUGCUCAAAAACUUCUCUUUGUAUUUUGAACCUUAUUUAUGUGAUGGUCAGUCUUCUAAUGAUCGGUGUUGCAGCAUGGGGCAAAUGGUUUGGACUAGUGUCUAGUUUCAGCGUGAUGGCUGCUGUCAUCGCAGUUGGGUUUUUUCUCUUCGUCGUGGCUAUUGUGGGAUUGUGUGGGGCUGUGAAGCAUCAUCAAGUCCUCUUGUUCUUUUACAUGCUCAUUCUCUUUCUGGUUUUCGUCUUGCAGUUUUCAGUAUCAUGUGCCUGCUUAGCUAUUAGUAAAGAACAACAGAACCUUCUCCUGGAGAUAGGAUGGAAUAAGUCUGAAUCAAUGCAGAAGGAUUUGGAAAGAUCAUUGGAUUGCUGUGACUUUCUACAAGUUAACUACAAUGAAUUUUGUGAUGCUGCCUGUUUCAAUGAACAAAAAUGCAAACCGUGUUCAGAAAUAAUCCAGGCCUAUGCUGACGACGCUCUGCAUUUUGUUGGAGGAAUCAGCCUUUUUUUCAGUUUUACAGAGAUUCUGGGCGUCUGGCUCGCAUAUAGAUACAGGAACCUGAAAGAUUACCGGCAAAAUCCUGGUGCUUUCAUAUAGAGCACAAUGGUGGGACACUUUUAAUGUUAGUUCUUGAAUGGACAUUUAGUCUUUUAUGAAUCUUAACAACCUUGUUCAUUUAUGAUGUGUUGUUCCUCUCAAUAACUACCCCAAUUACUUUAUUUAUGGGAUAUAAUAACAAAUUAAAUGUUUAGUUAACUUUUAAAAAUAUUUAUUUGUGAAAUAGCCAUUAUGAUCUUUAAAAUAUUUAUUAUCACUGAUUAUGCAAGUAGGUUAACUGGGAUUGAACUUUGAUCCCAAUUAAACAACUCUUACAAAGAUAAAGAGUUGGACUGGAAUGGAAAAUUAAUGACAUGAAAAUAAAUCUUUCAUUCAGAUUCUAUAUCAAAGGACAAACAUUUGCUGCUUUAUACGUCAAACAAUAAUGUCAUUGCAUUAAGCUCAUUUGCUCUCCAGACGUUCAGUAAUAAGCUUGCACAUUAAAACUCAAAAAACACCCAACCAAUUUCCACAUCAUUCUGAUCAGGAUAUGACCAGGAACUUGUACAUCAUCUGUUUGUAUUCCACGUAUUAGCCAAUGGUGUGGCACUUCCAGAGGUUGUCCAGCUGGUUUUGCACAAGUGUAAUUGAUUGAGAUGUGCUAGUGCUGUCCUCUGCUGGCUGCAGGGACAUAAUACCACACAUAUUCACAUUUACAGUCAGUUGCAUCACAUUAAAGCACCUGCCUGAGGAUUGACGUGUGAUUCAAUUCUUUGUAUUUUUAUUUACCUGAGAGACUACACUGUAAAAAAAAAUAUGUUCAUGAUUUGUAAUCACAACAUUUUUUCUUUUGUCAAAUCAACUUAAAUAAUUCAUGUGGUUCAGAUAACAUAAUAUUUUGAGUUUCUGAUGAUUAAAUCAAUCUUCUACAUUGUAUUAACUCAAUUUUUCCAUUUCAAUGAACUUAAAGGUUACUUCAUUUAAGUUAAACCAACAAUAUUUUUUUUUACCGUGUUUUUGUGUUUUAUUUUUUUGUAUCUGGAUUUCUGGAUACAACAUAACUUCUCAAUUCCAUUUUAGCCUGUUCUUGAGGUCUUUUUUAAGCAUGUAAAAUACAUAGAAUUUAUUAAAUGUAAAACAAACAAGCAACAUGUUUGCACCAACUUGCUGAAUGAAUGGUGUAAAUGUUUUCUUCAGCUAUAUUAUUUGCACAUUUGAUGAAUAAAUAAAGACAUCUUAACACCUAACACAAUUUUUUUAA